AAAGAUUUUAAAAUAACCAUUCUGUCUUGCUUUUUUAUCCACAAGGAGGAGUGUUCGUGACGUCAGCAUCGUCAUACGUGUAUGCGGAAGUGAUCAAAGGUUGCGCUGUGGAGGCAUGAUGCAGGUGGGAACAAAAUUGUUGAACUCGGUGGAUAAAUGCGUGGACGAGGCUUUGGAGGGCCUGGUCAGGAGUAACGCAAAUCUUGUGCUACUGCGGGGGCACAGAGUUGUACUCCGGUCAGAUUUGGAAAACAUCAGGGGGCGGGUCGCGGUUCUCUCUGGAGGAGGAUCUGGACACGAACCCGCACAUGCAGGUUACAUUGGCGUGGGAAUGCUGUCAGGAGCUGUGGUGGGAGGGGUAUUUGCUUCUCCUCCUCCAGGUAGUGUCCUGGCUGCCAUUCUGGCUGUGUGGAAAGGAGGGGCUUCAGGAGUCUUGCUUGUGGUAAAGAACUACACGGGUGAUCGCUUAAACUUCGGCAUUGCUGCAGAGCAGGCUCGGUCACACGGCGUCCAGGUGGACAUGGUGAUUGUGGCAGAUGACUGUGCAUUUGCUCAGCCCGGCAAGGCCGGCAGGAGAGGCUUGUGUGGAACCGUGUUUAUUCAUAAGCUAGCCGGAGCACUAGCAGAGGAAGGCUGCCCACUGGACACAAUUGUAGCCCGAGUGAAUGAAGCAACUAAAAGUAUUGGUACACUGGGUGUUAGUCUUUCUUCGUGCAGUGUCCCUGGAUGCCUUCCAUCCUUCCAGCUUCCUCCAGGAGAGAUGGAGCUGGGGCUUGGAAUCCACGGAGAACCAGGUAUUAAAAGAUCAAAGGUGACCCCUGCUAAUGAAGUUGUAAAAACUAUGAUAAGUCACAUGACUGAUUCCUCAAACAAAUCCCAUCUGCCCCUAAAAUCAGGAGACAGUGUUGUGCUGUGUGUGAAUAAUCUUGGUGCUCUCUCGUGUUUGGAAAUAGCUGUGGUCACCAGAGCCGCUGUACACUUCUUGGAGGAGUGUGGCGUGCUUGUUGUCAGGGUUAUGUCGGGAUCAUUUAUGACAUCACUGGAAAUGGCGGGAAUGUCUCUCACUUUAAUGAAGGUUGAUGAAGAGAUUCUCAGACUGUUUGAUGCUAAAACAACAGCCCCGGCCUGGCCCAAUCUCAGCAGUGUUUCUGUGAGUGGGAGAAAACUGCUUGUUGAACCUGUGGAGAAACCUGCUGUAGCUGCAGAUAAAUACAAUGAAGGUUCACUUGCAUCCAUCAUUCGCCCUGUUUUGGAGUCUGUGAGCAGAAUCCUUCUAAAGCACCAAGAGGAACUCAAUGCUUUGGACCGUGCUGCCGGGGAUGGAGAUUGUGGGAACACACAUGCCCUUGCAGCUAAUGCCAUUCAGGAGUGGCUUUCCACUAACAACAUUCCUGGGAGUGUUGAGCGGCUUCUGGCAGAUCUUGCUGUCUUGGUCCAGGAACGGAUGGGCGGAUCAUCAGGGGCACUAUAUUGCCUGUUUUUAUUUGCUGCGGUCCCCCAUCUCAAAGAGAGCUGUGAUGGUGCUGCCUGGGCCAGAGCAUUGCAUGCUGGGACUGAGGCCAUGAAGAGGUAUGGAGGUGCUGAAGUAGGAGAUAGGACCAUGCUUGAUGCCCUGUGCCCCGCUGUGGAAGAAUUGAAGAAACUUUCCACAGCACCUCCCGGUGGUCAUAUGGCAAUACUACAAAGUGCAGUGGAGAAAGCAGAUUUAGGAGCAGAAUCUACCCGUAGCCUCGCUGCAAGAGCUGGACGUGCCAGUUACGUUUCAUCUGAACAUUUGACCCAGCCUGACCCUGGCGCCAUGGCAGUAGCCCUUAUUCUGAAGGCAGUACUUAAUGCUUUGAAGGGCGAGAGCUAAAAAAGCAUAUAGUGAAGCAAGCCAUAGCAUAGGAUUUGCUAGUAUUGCUUAUUUAAUUCUACUAUGUAAAUAAUUAAGGUGUUGAACACUAAAAUUACUGCGUAGGACCAAACUGUCUUCAAAUGAGAAAACCUUGCAAAUGUAGCAGAAUUGUAUUAGUUUAUCACUACAAGCUAUAGUUGUGAUUUAUUGCAACUUAUUAUUUAAAUUAUUUAAUUUUUAAUGACACUAAAUAGAGACAAUGUAGAUCAGGUAGAUUGGGACUCCACGUCUCCAUGUCAAACAUUCAACUACUUACAAUGCAACACUAAUACACUUAAUUUGUUAAGUAAAAUAAUUGAAUGUUUGCUACAUUAUAGUUUGUGAUGACAUCGUAAUAAUUUAAUAAUUAAGAAUAUAUCAUGUGACUCUGCAGUAUGUGUUUCAAUGUUUCUCAAUGUUAAGCUAAGUUUUGUCACAUCAGCAUUACUGGAACCCACAAGUAAGGAACUUGGCAAUCCAUGUCACGCCUCAGGUUGUAUUUAUCAUCAUGACGUGUGCUGAGCUUCUAUCUAUAUAUUAAACAGAACGUCACAAUGGAAACUUUUACUGCUGUUAAUGAUUAAAUGAUUGAAAUUCUCUA